AAUAAAUUGAUACACCUCUAUUUAUUCACACAACUAUUCGCCAACUUCUUGCAUGUACAUCUAAAUGUGUUGUGAAAGUACAGCAAAGAGAAAGUGAGCAUCUGAUUAACUUGAACACAUCGUCUGUAUAUGUGGUACCUAGCCGACCGGUUGUAUCAAGCCAGUACAAAAAACUUUCUUUAACCCACUUUCGUAUUCUCGCGAUGAUCUUUCGCCAUUCACCGUCGUUUCGCCUCCAGUGUGCUUAGUUUAGUGGUCAACAGUGGUGUGGCCCUACCAUCAUAACAUCCCUGUGUAAUCCCAGCUGGUGGUGGGAUAUUUUUGUGGGGGUAUUUGAGAAGUGGGAUAUUGCGUUUCUUCCGCGGCCGUCGUGUAGCUGCAAUGUGUGAUAUGCAAAAUAUGCCUGCACAAGAUGAUGGCUCGUGUGAGGAAGAUUCCGAGAUGAAUUGGAAUGCAACAUUUCAGGCCAUGGGUGGUGGCACACAUUUUGUAACAACCGGUGGCCAGCUACCUGUCACUAAAAUCCAACAGAAUCCUAAUAAUGGAACUCAGCUAUCACAGGUGGUGGGCAUGGUGGGAGGAGUAAAUAUGGGCGAAGGCGUACAAUAUGUUCGCACACUAGACGGCACUCAACUGCAGACUACACCACAGGUGAUUUCUGUGCCCAUAACUCUUCCUGGGACUAAACCAGGUGACCCACAACAAACAGUUCAGAUUCAAGUAUUGGCUCCGAGUUUGAUUCAGCAACCUCAACCCAAAUAUCAAAUGCAAAUACCUAUACAGGGGUUUCAACAAGGGGGUGCCGUCCUCACGGUGGCGUAUUCACCGGAUGCGAAUGAUAACGGCAUACAGCUUCUAGGAAAUGGCAUGUCUGACGGUACCUUCAGGAUAAGACCAGGCUUGCAAGUGGUAGCUGCUUUGCCACAGGACAUGCAAUUAGUGCAAGACAAUAAGGAUCAAAUGCAACAGGUAAUACAACAACAGAUGUAUCUGACUCAAAACCAGCAAAUUGUGAUCAACAAUCAAGAAGAUGUCAAGCCCAUCAUCAACACCAGUAACAAUAAUAAUGAAGGGGACAUUGUCAUCAAGGAAGAGGAAUGUGAUGAUGAAGACUCCCAAAGCACUCAGAAUAGCGAUCGACCACAAGAUAUUUACAUGUCACAUCCGGAUCUUAUGAAAUAUGUUUAUUCAAUACCAGGCCAGCAAGCACAAGGGCUCCCAGUUUCUCUACAACAAUUUUUACGCCUGAAUCCCAUCGAAGCCAAAAAGAAUGUUGAAAAAAUGGAAACAGAGAUCACAAUCACUCCUGAAAACACUUCUGAACCAGUUGUAAAUGACGAAAUCCUUUCCGAAGAUACUCGUACAAAGAAGAAGAAGAAAUACAAGAAAAAGCCAACCCGUCCCGCUAGGCCAAAGCCCGGUCAGGUCAUAAUCGCGACGGCUUCGGACGGGUCACCCAUCUAUUGUUGCCCUGAAUGUCAGAACGCUUACCCUGAGAAGGAGCAACUCGAGAUGCACUUAAGUGUUCACCAGAUUGAGCGACGGUUUAUUUGCGGUAUAUGUGGUGCUGGGUUGAAGCGAAAAGAGCACUUGGAGCGCCAUAAACUUGGCCACAACCCUGAGAGACCCUACGUGUGCAGCGUUUGUGGGAAAGGCUUCAAGCGAAGGGAGCAUCUGAAUCUGCAUGUGGUCAUUCAUUCGGGAGUCAAGAGUGAACGCUGUGGGGAAUGUGGGAAAGGAUUCUACCGCAAAGAUCACCUUCGGAAACAUACGCGUUCCCACGAAACCAAACGUGCAAAGGAUGAGGCCAAAGGGGAAGGCAAUAGCGAAAUGUUUGAACAGGAAGCUGUCAGUGUCAGUCCCGGAAACGGAAAUACAGUACUUCCUGAGAUUACUAUACAUGUACCGACAAGUGCGAACAUGCAAAUACCCAUACAAAUUAACAUACCCCAGCAUGUGAUGUCGUCCCUGGCUGCGGCCCAGAGAUCCGGAUCUAACGGAGGCAAUGGGGCGAGUGGGACAGUUGGAAACAGUGCCAAUGUGAACAGUGGUCCAAUAUGCACAGAGGCCCAAUUAGACGCCAUAUUGGCUCAGCAUACGUGACAUGAGACUGAUGACGAAAGUGACUCCGACGUUGGCGAGUGAGUGACGUAGUACCUGUGAGGCGUUUCCAUGGAAACGCUAUUUAGAUAAGUCACAAUCUGCGGAUGUAGGAAAAAACAGGGCAAUUUUUUCUGUACUGAACGGAUAAUUUCUAGCAAUUGUAAUUACAUUUUUUUACCUAUAAGCCGUCAUAAGAUUACUAUAAACAUUAAUCAGUUAUUGAUUGUUUAGUCCCUAUUCUCGUAAAACUUUGCCUAAAUUGUUAUACGAUUGAACUAAUUGAAGCUUAUAGUAUGUUUCUGACUUCUUAAAAAUGAUAGAAUUAUCACAGUUUAGUACAUUCUUAUAUUUUUUUAACCCAGUGUUACGUUUGCAGAAUAUGUAAUAUAAGAUGAAAUAAAUACUCCACUUUAGGUUAUUUCUUGUUAAGGUAAAUCGUGAUUUUAUAAUGAAUAUUUAGCUAAGGCAAAUGAAAGUUGAUGACGUACUAGACGCGUUAUUUUCCGAAUUUCAAACACCUAAUUUAAAGGUUUUUAUUGAGGUUAAGUUUAACUUUAGUAGCUUUUUGUGUAUUUUUAAUUAUUUGGCAAAAAACGCCUCUAGCCAAAACGACUCAAAUUUUUUGGUCGUGAGUCGGUAAUAGUUCGCCUGACCUAUGCUAAGUGUGAGAUUAAGAUACGAGACUUAACGAAUUAUUACGUAUUACGUACGUACGUAUACGCGUAUAUGAGGACGUAUACGCGUAUAUGAGGACGUAUACGCGUCUAGUACGCCACGCAAGAAAUAUCACAGUAUCACUUCCAUUAUCCGUUUUCACAAACUUUUAAACCAUUUAUGCACUAAUCAAAACUUUUAAUGAGAUAGACAAUAAAAAUACAAAGGAAAUCCAUCCUUUGGCUACUCUGAAUAUGAUGCCAAACGACACAAACAAUAUUUGAUUGAAAAUAUUUCUCUUGUGCUAGUUUGGUCCAGAACAAAUGCUUAUUCUCUUAUAUGUAGCAGGCUUUUGGCGACCUAAAUUAAUUACCUCGAUAUGUGGCGUCGCUAAAGUACAUACAAUAUCUUAAAAUCAUAUCGUUUUAAAUUAAUUGUGCAUAAACAUAUUUUUUUUUGUAUCUUUAUGCAUUCUCCGUCCAUUUGUAUUUUUUUUACUGGGUCCCCCAUUGUCUACAGUAUUCAGGAACAAAGAGUUUUUUUAUGCAAUGAAGAGAAUAUAGGCAGGUUAUAAAUACACGUAAGUAACGUAAUUUCUGUGUGUCAUUCAAAAUAUCGUCUUUAAACCAAUGCACCCGUUGAUUAGGAACGAAAUAAAUAAUGUAGUACUUUUAAUAUUGGGUAUACUUGUAAAAUAUAGUAUUAUGUUUUGUUUUCAUUCUUAGCUAAUAAUGGCGAACUCUUGCCGCAUUUUCUUACUGAUCGCUGUUAUUGACUUGUCCUAUGUCAAUACAUUCGUAUGCCGCUACAAACUUAUCUCUUACGGUGGUUGAACUAAAUCUUUUCGAAUAUGACACCGCACCCACACGCUAUCGGAAGAGAUAUGAUAGUAGGUGGAGACAAAUAUAGCUUGCCUAAAGAUUUUCCGAUCGGAAAGUGCUGCCAUUCGUAAAGAUUUUCCGAUCGGAAAGUGUUGCCAUUCGUAAUGUUUUUCCGAUCGGAAAGUGCUGCCAUUCGUAUCAUAUUUUCACAUGUGAAAAUGGAUUGCAUUCAUCACAAUCAGCUUUAACAUAUUUAAAUAUAUUUUUGUACUUAAGUUUGCAUGAAAUUGUUGCUUAGAUAACCACCAAGGUGCUGUAAUGUACUGGAUAUUUUCGUUUGUAAGUUGUAAAUUUAGUAUAUUUAGUGAUUCCAUUAGACUUAAUUUCAUAUUUGUGUUUUUUUAGAAAAUUGUCUAAAUCGAAUAUUUUUUGUACCUUUUUUACCAGUAAGAGUAUACUUUAAAUAAUGUAGUUAAAAGUAUUAUAAAUGUUAAGGUGCGAUGAACAUCUGUUGUUCACUUUGUACUUUUUGUAUGGAGGUAUUUAUUAAUGAGAUUCAAGAAUAAAGUUGCCGAUUUUUUAA